AUGUCCAAUUUUGCUCUCGCUCUCUUGCUCUUCUCUUUUCUCCUCGCAUUGGCUGCUCCCUUGCACAUCAAUCCUCGAGAUUUCGAUGCUCCGUUCUUGGACUGUUAUGACUACAUCAUUGUUGGAGGUGGAGUAUCUGGGCUUGUUGUAGCAAACCGCCUGACUGAAGAUCCCAAUAGCAAGCUCUAUAUCCACUUCACGGUUCUGGUCCUUGAAGCUGGCCCACUUGACGACUAUGAGGAUUUCAUAAUGUUUCCGAUAGAAGAUGGGUACGGUCUCGGCACGGAGUAUGAUUGGAAUCUUUGGACCGCUCCGCAGACCUUUCUUGAUGGUGCUUCUCGACCGUACGACAUGGGACGGGGUAUCGGUGGUGGAAGUCUCAUCAAUGGAAUGUGCUGGACUCGCGGUGGUAGUGCUGAUUAUGAUGCGUGGAAAGCACUUGGUAAUGACGGCUGGGGUUGGGAUGAUUUGCUUCCAUAUUUCCAGAAGGAAUGUCUACCACACAGUUUCCACUUCAUCAACACUGACAGACUCCAGACUGAGAAUUAUACAGACAACGUCGAUGCUGAUUUUAGUCGUGAGCUCUACAUACAACCAAAUAUCUCAACUCAUGGUACAUCUGGCUAUGUCCAUGUGGCAUACCCAAGAUACUUCUAUAAUCAAUCUCAGCUCUUUCUAGACGGGCUGCAAGAAUUAGGAAUACCAAUUUUGACGGAUCCGAACAAUGGCACUGCCGCUGGUGGAAUGCUUAUCCCAGAUUCCAUCCACCCUGAUAAUCAAACCAGAUCGUACGCCCGCUUGGACUAUUUCGAUGGAUUCAUCAACCGUCCAAAUCUACAUGUGACUACUCAUCAACAUGUAACUCGAGUACUUGUCAGUGUACCGCACAAUCUCAAGGGAAGAGACUAUCCAGCAGGCUUCUGGAUCAGCGGCGUAGAGUUCGUCACCGAUGGAAGCCUGACACUCCACAAUGUAUCUUGUUCUCGAGAAGUUAUUCUUGCUGCCGGAGCAGUUCAUACACCUCAAAUUCUCGAACUUUCAGGUAUUGGCUCUGAAGACAUCCUCAACCAGUUCGAUAUCCCCGUCAUUAUCAACCUGCCAGGAGUCGGAAACAACUUCCAAGACCAUCCUUAUGUUGGCGUCGUCUAUUAUUUUGAUAACACGAGCUAUGUCAAUAUCGACAUGAUUGAAAAUAACCCGGGUCUAGACAAUCAAGCAGCCCAGGAAUAUUAUGCUAAUAAGACAGGUCCCUGGACAGCGGGAGCCAUCAAUACUGUCGCUUUCCCAUCCUUACCUUCGAUUUCUCAGAAUUGGACAAACAUGAUGACAGAUGCUUCAAGUCAGAAUACCACCCUGUAUCUGAUACCUGGUCUUGAUCGAACUGUUAUUGCCGGAUAUGAUGCACAGAAAACAAUCCUCACAGAUCUGCUCAGUCGGAGAGACGUUGGCGCAUACGAAUUAUUAAAUGACAAUAUUGGAUUACUCGCUGUCGCUGCAAUGCAUCCAUUCUCUAGAGGAAGUGUCCAUAUACAGUCCACAAAUCCUUACAUGCAGCCUUUGAUCGACCCCCGGUACUGCUCGAACCCUCUUGAUUGUCAAGUCCUUGUCGAAGCUCUUCUCUUCAAUAACCAACUCAUCAAUACAACAUCGAUGAGACUUUUGAGUCCUACACCAUACUAUCCUUUCUUCCAGGGUGCAACCAGAGAUUCUCUCAUGCCAGCAAUCAGUAUUGGAAUUAGAACCGAGUUUCAUGGCACUGGUUCAACUUCAAUGAUGCCGCUUGACCUCGGUGGUGUUGUCGAUACGCAUCUGCGUGUCUAUGGAACCAAGAAUCUCAGGAUAGUCGACGCUGGGAUCCAACCUCUUGUGCCAGCAGCGCAUCUCCAAGCACCUGUGUAUGCUGUAGCAGAAAAGGCAGCGGACAUCAUCAAAGCGGACAAUUCAGGUUUGGUUCUUUCCGGUUGCGGUGCCAACUCCGGAUUUGCUGGUCAAGGUCCUGUGAUAGCCAACCACUCUAUCAUCAGCUCAACGUCAAGUUCGGUGCUAGUCCCAUCGACAUUCCCAGAAUUCCUUAACUCGAGUGUCCUCUCUUCAAUGAACACUGCACAACGUUCGGCCAAUCCCACUAGUCCACUGUCUCUGGCUUCUGGUGCUGUGCCGGACCAGCUACCAGUAUCAUCAGGAGUCAACACAAAUGCGAUUAAGGGCGCGGUUUCUGUGUUCCUGAAUGGAGCUGGCAUCUUGACUUCUCCACCAUUCUUGCUGAGCAAGGGCUUUGUGGCGCCAUUGACAUUUCCUUUGCAGCCAUCAACCGUUCCUGCAGUACCAACAAUGUCACUGAUUCAUCGUGCUCGGGGAGCUUCUCACACGAGACACCAUGCAGUACUAAAAUCGAGCUCUCCAAGUCAUAGAACUACGACGUCCGCCCCAUUCUCACCUACAACAUUUGACACUCGCCACAUCUCGGCUACUUCUGCUUCUGGUGUCAUAGCUGAGACACCAGGCAUCGUCACUGUCAAGAUUGCUGCUCGUGAGAAAGAGGAUGGUCGUUGAGUCAGAUCGAUUGCAGAUCUUCAUGGACUCGUCAGGAAGCGAUAUCUUGGGAAGGUACAAAUCCUAGCAAUAUUGCCAUGGUAGAUUUUGGUAGUUGUCCCUGGACUAUAGGGAUUGAUUUUGGGCGAAGUUUUAGUCAUCAUUCUAC